GUCGCCGUGAACUUGGCCCGGUCUCUGUCACCCUGGCCCCGAGGCCUUAUCGGAGGCGCCGCCCGCGGCCUAUAAUAGCUGGGCCGGCGUCUCCCCCUCACUCCAGACUCAGUUGUGACACCGGCAGACAUGUUGCGCAUCAUCUGCCUCCUCGCCAUCAGCGCUGCCGCCCACGCCUGCAAGCCUUGCACUUGUGGAGUGGCGCGGGCCGGACGCGUGGUCGGCGGGGUGGCGGUGUCGCCCGGCGAAUUCCCAUGGCUGGCAGCCCUGAAGCGCGACGGGAAGGUGAUAUGUGGCGCCACUGUGGUCGCGCCAGACCAUCUCAUCACCGCCACGCAUUGCGUGCACGGAAUUGAAGCGUCUCGGUUGACUGUCCUUGUGGGUGAAUACGACGUCAACUCAUCUCAGGCUGCGGGUUACCAGGUUAGCCAUGUGGCUCAACAUCCAGACUUCAACAAAUAUUCGUAUGAUUGCGACAUCGCUGUCCUGAGACUGGAGGAGCCUUUGCCGGACAAUCUUUACCGACCUGCUUGCUUGCCAGACUGGACUGACGAGCAUUAUCUUGAAGGUGUAGACGCCAUUGUUUCUGGCUGGGGCAGCACUGUGGAAAAAGGACCUUCAUCUAACGUUCCUAUGAAAGCUGGAGUACAAAUCUGGGCUCAAGAAGAAUGCACGAGCGCCGGGUACGGUCGGAAGAAAGUGACCCCUCGCAUGUUAUGCGCUAAUGCUGCUAGUAGAGACGCUUGCACUGGCGAUUCUGGCGGUCCGUUGCUAAUGGCCAAACCGCAUUAUACCCUCGUCGGCAUUGUGUCAUGGGGAAGAGGCUGCGCAAGACCUAGUUACCCGGGAGUGUAUACCCGCGUGGAUCAGUUCAUGCCCUGGCUCAAAGUGGCUCUACGCAACGCCUGCACGUGCCAACCACCUUCAUCGGGCUAAAUAAAACAAACAAUUUAAAUUAUAACAAAAAAUAAUAGAAAGUUUGUAAUGUUCUAGGUUAGUAAAACAACCAAAAUCAUUAUUUUUGUUUAAUAAUCUACAUUUAUAAAACAAAUGAGGCCAGUAUAUUGACGAGGUGUUUAUGCCAAUUCAAUAUCUACUAUAGGUUAUUUAUAUAUUUAAAGGAAAUUUUAACAGUACUUAUAAAUUAAGUAAAUGUAGACAAUUGAUUUGGUGUUUUUUAAUGUUUUAUAAUAAUGUAAUGAAAAAUGUAUCAGUAUUAGAUUUACUAUUUAGGUACAUACAUAUUUUAUUGUUAUUAGUUUUAUUAUGUGGUACAAAGUGACUACAAAACCAUGGCUGUGAUUAAUUAUAAGUUAGUAUAUUAAGUUUGUUGUACAUGUUUGGUUCUUUUCAUUAGGAAAUAACCAUUAUUAUAAUUUUAAUUAUAAAAAAUACAAUAUAUGCUGAAAACAAAAAAA